AUGGCAGCUCUCCUCCUCCUAACCUUAGCUGCUGCUCCAGCCGCAUACGCCCUCGUUCAGCCUGACAAUGUCGGACGCCUGCCAGCAAUGGGCUGGAACAGUUGGAACGCCUACGGUUGCGACGUGGACGAAGCCAAAAUCCUGCAGGCCGCCAACGACGUCGUUUCCAAGGGGUAUCAAGCCGCUGGCUACAACUACAUCAACAUAGACGACUGCUGGAGUGUCAAGACCGGACGCGAUAAUGUCACUCACCAGCUCAUGCCCAACCUGACGAGCUUCCCCAAUGGCAUCAGUGGAGUGGCCGACGAGAUUCAUGCUCUGGGCUUGAAGGUCGGCAUCUAUUCCAGUGCUGGUACCGAGACAUGCGGCGGCUAUCCAGCUUCAAUCGGGUACGAGUCCAUAGAUGCUGCUACCUGGGCCGCAUGGGGCAUCGACUAUCUCAAAUAUGACAACUGCUAUAUUCCGGACAACUGGACAGACGUAUGCACUUCAUGCAAGCCCGAUUGGGGUUAUGGUCAUGACGGCAGUUACGGUUUCAACGGAACAUGUCUUGACACCACUGGCGACUGUCCUGCGGGCUACAACUACAGCCAGUCAUCCACAGCCAAAAGAUACCGGAUCAUGGGCGAUGCUCUAAUGGCACAGAACCGGACGAUAUUGUACAGUAUGUGCGAGUGGGGUGACGCCGAGGUGUGGACUUGGGCCAAUGCUACUGCCAAUAGCUGGCGGACGACAGGAGAUAUCACGCCCGACUUCCGCCGUGUUCUCCAGAUCAUGAACGAGAACUCUUUCUACUCCAACUACGCCGGGUUCACCGGCCACAACGACCCCGACAUGUUGGAGGUCGGCAACGGCAACCUGACUCUCCCGGAGACGAGGAGCCACUUCGCCUUCUGGGCCGCCAUGAAGGCACCGCUCAUCAUCGGCACCGACCUAGGCAAUCUCAGCCAGACCAACACCGACAUCCUCCUGAACCCGUAUCUACUCGACUUCAACCAGGAUCCCGUCUACGGCGCGCCCGCCCAGCCGUAUAAAUGGGGCGUCAACCCAGACUGGACGUUCAACGCCACGAACCCGGCCGAGUACUGGGCCGGCGACUCCACGAACGGCACGCUCGUUGCUAUGCUCAAUACGCUCAACGGCACCAGGACUAUGCGUGCCGACUUCGCUGAGAUUCCGGGCCUGCAGGCUCGGGGGCGGUACAAGAUCAUCGAUGCCUGGACUGGCGAGAGCAUGGGUUGUGUGAGGAGUGGGGUGGACAUGCAUGUUGAGAGCCACGACACCGCAGUGCUCCUGGUACAGCAGGGAUGCGAGAAUGCUACUUCGCUUCUUUACUAA